AUCCGCCUCCAUUUUUCCUUUUUUUUUCUUUUGGAUUUUGCAAGAAAAGAAAUGGCAAUGGCAAUGGCAAUGGCUGACUGGUGAAUUCCCACUUUUUAUUGAGAAAGUAGGAUCGAUGGAAACAUACGUUACAUUCCAUAUAAAGCUGAUUUAGAGAGAGAGAGAGCGCGCGAGCUGGUAGGUGGAUCGUCAUUUUGUGAAGUUUUUGGGCUUGUGUUUGUGCUCGAGCUUUGUUCUUCCACUUGGAUUCACUCGCUGUUAGCUAAUUUCACUUUGGAUCAGUGGAUUUUUUGGCAUUUGGGCGGAUUCCACCAAAUGGUUCCUGCUCAGAUUGGCAGAGGGACGGCUGCCGGGAGAGCUCCGGUGCUGGUUUUCUCUUUGUGGUGUCUGAUCUGUCUGUCCCUCGCCGCUCGGUUAUCCCCUUCCAUGCAGCAGCUUGAAGUUCAGAAGCAUCUCAGGCGCUUAAACAAGCCUCCAUUGAAAACAAUCGAGAGUCCAGAUGGGGAUAUAAUCGAUUGUGUCCACAUUUCUAAUCAACCCGCUUUUGAUCAUCCUUUCCUCAAAGAUCACAAAAUUCUGACGAGGCCUACUUACCACCCAGAAGGGCUGUUUGAUGAGAGCAAGGUGUCCGAGAAGCCUAAAGAAAGAACAAACCCCAUCAAUCAACUGUGGCAUACAAAUGGAAGGUGCCCAGAAAACACCAUUCCUAUUAGAAGAACCAAGGAAGAUGAUGUUCUAAGAGCAAGCUCUGCCAAAAGAUAUGGAAAGAAAAGACAUAGAAGCAUUCCUCAACCGAGGUCUGCAGAUCCUGAUCUAAUUAACCAAAGUGGUCAUCAGCACGCAAUAGCUUAUGUGGAAGGAGAUAAGUUUUAUGGAGCAAAGGCCACAAUCAACGUCUGGGAGCCCAAAAUACAGCAGCCUAAUGAGUUUAGCUUGUCUCAGUUAUGGAUAUUAGGAGGCUCUUUUGGUCAAGAUCUUAAUAGUAUUGAAGCUGGCUGGCAGGUCAGUCCAGAUCUGUAUGGCGAUAACAACACAAGACUCUUCACUUACUGGACUAGCGAUGCAUAUCAAGCCACAGGUUGCUAUAACCUCCUCUGCUCAGGGUUUAUUCAAGUGAACAGCGAAAUAGCCAUGGGAGCAAGCAUCUCGCCUGUGUCUGCAUUUCGAAGUCCCCAGUAUGAUAUCAGCAUACUUAUCUGGAAGGAUCCAAGUGAAGGACACUGGUGGAUGCAGUUUGGCAAUGACUACGUGUUGGGAUAUUGGCCAUCUUUCCUAUUCUCGUACCUGGCCGACAGUGCCUCGAUGGUCGAGUGGGGAGGGGAGGUUGUGAAUUCAGAGCCUGAUGGAUUGCACACUUCAACCCAGAUGGGAAGUGGUCAUUUUCCAGAAGAGGGGUUCGGGAAGUCGAGUUAUUUCAGGAACAUUCAAGUCGUUGACAGCUCAAACAAUCUCAAAGCUCCCAAAGGGAUUGGUACCUUUACAGAGCAAUCAAACUGCUAUGAUGUUCAAACUGGCAGCAAUGGAGAUUGGGGCCAUUACUUUUACUAUGGAGGCCCUGGCAGAAACCAAAACUGCCCAUGACCACUACACAUCAAUGUAACUCUCUCUUUCUCUCUCUCUCUCUCUCUCUCUCUCUCUCCUGUAACAUGCAUUCAAAAGCUAGUGAAAUUCCUUUUCUCUCCUUUGUAUACACCUCCUUGAUCAUGUGGGGUUGGGGUAGAAAGGUAAAAUAUGAGCUCUCCUCUGUAGUGUGAAGUAGUUUUAGGCACUUAAAAAGCUUGAAAGGAACAAAGCCUUUGUGAAGCUGCACUUUGUUUUGUUUUGUUUGUAGUUUACUCCUCUCUAAGAGGGGAUGGUUGUUAAUCAAUGGAUGAACUGAUGAAAGCCUUUGUUUUUUGGUUAAA